AUGUCGGAACACAUUGCGCAGCAGCAGCAUGAAUCUCCGCUAGAUUCGCCAUCCACCAUCUCACCGAGCCUCCAUUCGCCACACAGCGGCAGUUCCGUCCCGCAGAAGCGAAAUCUGCAAGGCGCGCCCGUUUGGCAGAAGACCAAAGUAACGCGGGCUUGCGACACCUGCAAGGCGAGGAAGUCCAAAUGCUCGGGUGAGCAGCCAUGCGAGAGCUGCAAUCGCCGGGGGCUGCUCUGCCAGUACGAGGCUGUUUAUUCGCGAGGAAAGGCGCCCACGCCUCGUCGCACGGCGGGCACUGCUCCGCACCGUGCAUCGGUUGCUCCAGUCAACCCACCGCCCAUUUCAGGCAGCGCAGCUAGCAUUCCAGAACCCAUCAUAUCCAGGAUGGAUCCACUUCCUUCACUGGCUCCGCGUGCUAGAGAGACUGAGGCUAACCACGAUGUUUCCUCACGCGCGUCUCCAGGACUGGAAGUAGCUGGCCAGUACGCAGACCCAACUUCAGGCCUUUCCUUUUUACAUCGUGCAUGGCGGCGCAUCUCCAACAAUGCGACCAGUCAGGUCAUGGGUGGCCAACUAGGUUCUAUCGAGGAAAACCAGCUUCUUACAUGCGCUGGCGACAAGCCAUUCUUGGGGAAGGACCAGGUAUAUGUGCCUUCUCUGGACAGGGGUCGCGAACUGCUGGCGCUCUACUUUGACGUUUGCAUUGCCACGUACAGACUUCUACACAGACCUACCGUGGAGUCAUGGCUUGAAACCGUCUCAGAGAAUGCUCGUCUCAACCGAUCAUUGUUCUUUGGGCUUGGCCGCGCAAAGGCUGCUACCGUCCUGUCCGUACUUGCCAUCGCAUCCUUUCACGAAGAGAAAGCCAAAGGCAGCAGUGCCUUCUCACCAGUCAAUGAGGACUCAUUGCAAUUACAGAGUGAUGAGCUGUUCUGCGAAUCUUUCCGCCUGGCCGAAGGAGAGACCGGCAAUCCGCGACUGGAGUCGGCACAGUCACGUCUCAUCCAAGUGCUGUAUCUAUUAAUGUCGUGCCGCUUCAAUCAAGCAUGGUAUACCUUUGGCCACACACUACAAAUCAUCUCAGCUCUUGGUCUUCAUCGAAGAGACCAUCGCAAGCGGUCGCCCACAUCGCACAAACGUGACUACAUCGAGGAACAAUGUAGAAGACGAACUUUUUGGGUUGCUUAUACACUCGACAAGUACCUUGGCGUGAUGAUUGGAAGACCGCGACAUUACCACGAUGAUGAUAUUGAUCAAGACUUCCCAGACUCAGUCAAUGACGAGGACAUGACAAGCUCCGGUCCACUUGUAAGUGGCACCGACGACUGCCAUAUCGACUCGCUAGUGUUUCACGCGAAGCUUGCUCAGAUUGCCGAGAGAAUUUCACGUGAGGUAUAUUCAAUCAAGCCAGUGCCCGACAUCGCGCGGCUUGAGGCCGCUCACCGACUUGGGCUUGAGCUUCGUGCCUGGAGGGCGUCGCUGCCACUGUUCCUCGGGGCCAUCAAUCCUAGUAGCCUAAUUCCCAGCUUCCGACGGCAAGCGACUGCUUUGAAGCUUUCAUAUUGUCAUGCCGUUAUGCUGGCUCAUCGGCCAUUUCUGCUAAAGAAUGCAACGCCUAACAGCGACGAAAUGCGCAGUCUGGCCAAGGAAGGCCUUGCCGAGUGUAUCUCAGCUUCUCAAGCGGUGUUGGAAGUUGUUGAUCGCAUGGCAGGAGAAGGUCGUUUAUUUCACGCCUUUUGGUGGACUCAUUAUGUCUGCUUUUGCGCGUUGGUCGUCGUGUACGUGUGGGCCAUCCAGGAGAGCAGCAAUAGCACGACCCUAGAUGAACGCCGAAGCAUUCUGGACCAGGCCGAACGUUGCCUGCAACACCUUGCGCAAGCCACAGCGUUGAACUCACCGUCACGCAAAUACAGUAUCAUCUUACAGGAGCUAAGAACUGAAGCUAAGAGGAAGACUGCAAGACCUAUACUGGAUCAUUCACAGCCGACGCAUCUUCCGAUCACGAUGGUGCUAGAUGGCGAUCAAGUUGAAGCUCGUGCAGACGCUAUCCAAGACCAGGCGAUUCCAGAUCAGGGUACUGCAACACAUAUGUGGCAACCACUUUUUGGCAGUCCGAUUGACACCGCAAUACCUGGAUUGCAGAAUUUCUUGGAUGACUGGCAGACGACUGACUGGCUUCACCUUGAUUCUUCGGCAUUUGGACCGUUGCCAGAAUUUGAUAACGCAUCUUUGACGUGGAUAAACAGUAUAACUUGA